AUGGCCGACGCUCAAGUGACUUGCAGCCGGGCCGACGACUUCGUCAUUGUCUCCAGGCCUAAGGGAACCGCUUUUGUCGAGGCCCGACUUAACGAUGGCUACAACUACACCGACAAGGGCUGGCAGCAGAUUCUUGCACACCUGGAACGCGAGUUGAGCCCCGAUAAGCUCAACGACGAUGCCGUCAUCUCCCUUGAAACAGAUUUGAGGGACACCACUCUCUACAAGCACGUGCCUCCGGGCAUAUUCCAGUCCUUGCGAGUCGUCGACAUCCAAGGCCUCGACCCAGCAACACGCAAAGUCUCGGCUCGGGAUGUUGCCAUCAAAUUCAACCCCUACAAACUCAGCUCCGAGUUGCCAGCAACAUACGACCACGAGCAGAUCGCCGUCCUUCCAAACUCCAAUCUUGACGGUCUCUGGGAACUGUAUGACAUCCCUGUCUACCGCUCGGAAUAUUAUUAUUGA